AGCCAGAAGAAUGACUGCCUUGUGUUUUGCUAGGAGUAGUUGACAACACUGGAAAAUUGUGGGAGGGAAAAUAGUCAGAAAAAGGAAGAUUGGGAAAGAAAGAAGGAGAAAAACCGGGCAGCAGAGCAGACUUCAAGAUACAUGGGUUUGUCCCUCUUUUUGACCUGACAUUGUGAUGUGAAGAAAUACGUUCAGAGGAGAGCCUCUCCAACAUAGGAGUGACUGAAAGCCCAACACACUGCCGCAUCGCACCCCUCUCUCCUCCUUCCCUUUUGAAUUCAAUUCCGCCUUUUUUUAUUUCUAUUUUGCUGUACUUUUAAGAAGACCGUCAGUGCUGCUCAAGCUGUGUUUGCUCAGUCCAGACAUUUUCUCGUGUAGUUACUGGAAUCCUGCCCUAAGGAUUUUCAUGUGUCAGAGGGGGUGAUUGACAACACAGUGGAUAUGGACAGUCUGAACAGGAACCUGUCUGAGUGCAGACUACAGACCCAUCAGGUGUUACGGAGUACUCCACUCGAUCUGUUUGAGAGCAGCAAGGGGCUAAAGGUUCAGGCAGAGCGCCCCCAUCUGGUCAGUCUGGGCAGUGGUCGUCUCAGUACGGCCAUCACACUGCUGCCCCUUCCUGAAGGCAAGACCACGCUGGGCCAUGGGGAGAUGGACAUCAGCAUCCAGGGCCCAGGGGUUGCUGCCAAGCACUGCUAUAUAGAAAACCGGGCAGGAAUCAUCACUCUUCACCCCUGUGGGAACCAGUGUGCCAUAGACGGGCUUCCCGUCACCCAACCUGUCCGCCUAUCACAGGGUUGUAUGUUGUGUUUCGGACAGUUUGCCUUUUUCCGCUUCAACCACCCAGAUGAGGCAUUCCGGAUGAAGAGCAUGAUGCCUCAGGGAUGCAAGGGCUCCGGUGGAGACUACAGAAUCCCCUCCGACUCUGAGAGCCUGGUCAAUGGGAACCAUCAGCCAGGGCCGUCCCAGUUGCACCACCCAGCCCCCGGUGAGAGAGUCCCCUUUUCUGAGCACAGUGCCAUUGUCAGCUCCAUUGAGAAAGACCUCCAAGACAUCAUGGACUCCCUAGUCAUGGACGAUCCCCAGCCUUCCUCCUCUUCUCACUCCAAAAAGCCUGACCUCUCCCCGCUAUCCCCCAUGGUCAACGGGGGAGGCCGCUACCUUUCCCCUCCCACCAGCCCAGGAGCCAUGUCUGUGGGCUCCAGCUAUGAGAAUACCUCCCCCCCCUUCUCUCCCCUAUCCUCUCCCUCGCCGGCUAGCAGUGCAGGCAGCUAUACCAGCCCCUCUCCCAGCGGGUGUCUGGACGCCCAGGACCCGUCUCUGCCCCCUGUGCCAGUCCGCUCGUCCAGCUACAACUACACUACACAGCACCCUCCCAUCCCUCAGCCGAGGACCAUUCUGCCUAACUUCAACGCUGGUGGCGGUUCACAGAAGGUCCCUGAGAGCCCCCGGCUCCAGAGGAAAGGUCUCCUGGAGGCCCCCCAGAGCCCUAUGCUGGCCCGCAGGGGCCAAAGCCAGGGCUGGCCAGGGGGCUUGGGUUCAGAGAGCCCUAGUCAGACACACCUGUCUGUCGCCUCAGCCGAUGAUCCAUGCAUGGGCGUGGGCGUUAACGCAGUGCCACGUAGCCCCAGACACACACCCAAGUUCCCCUCCACCUCCACAUCCUCUUCCCCAUCCAGCCCCAGGCCAAAGGUAGGCGCAGUCCUCCAUGAGCGACCGGCCAGCCCGUUCGGAGAGCAGUCCGACCCCUCUGUUGCCUCCAGCCCCUCCAGACAGCUGAUCUCCCAGACCAGCAGGGCCUUCCAGCCUCCUCUGGAUCCCAUCAUCCACAUAAUCCAGGGGGGCUCUCCAUUACAGCAGCACCACCCUUUGCCCCGCACGCUGCAGCCCCCUGAGAGCCCACGGCUGGCCCGCAGGAACCUGGAGCUCAACGUUGGUGUUGGCGGGAGCAGCAGCAUGAGGGAGCUUCCCCCUCUCAGCCCCUCGAUGGCCCGCAGAGGGGUGCCUGUUCUCCCGGGAACCUUUGCCACGUUGAGAAUUCCGGAGGGUCCGUCAUCAUCAUUGGGGAAACAGGUAGUCCCAGAAAGCCCCAGGCUACGACGUAAGGACAGCUCCCCCUCUGAGGACCAAUUUGGCUGCAGGGCUGUCCGUGCACGCAGCCCCUCCCCCACCUCUGGGCUGAUGAUGGAAAGUGGCGGAGGAGGAAGGAAGGCUAGCUUUGGAAAUGCCUUCUCUCCUGCUUACAGUCUGGGUUCCGCACCUGGCUCACCUCUUGCCAGCCCUAGGGCCCAUAGGAAAAUGUCUGGGGGUCCCCGGGAGCUGAAGGGUCCCCACCCAGGGAUGCGGGAGCGGAAAAAUAGCAUCUCUGAGAUCAGCGACAAUGAGGAUGAGCUUUUGGAGUACCAUCGGCGUCAGAGAGAGGAGAGGCUCAGGGAGCAGGAGAUGGAAAGACUGGAGAGGCAGAGGCUGGAGACAAUCCUGAACCUGUGCGCGGAGUACAACAAGGUCGACGGGCCCUUGGAGGGUGAGUCUGUGGGGAGGUUGGGCUUCCCCGGGGCCCUGGGACAUGGCGAGGUGGCAGCCAGGAGACCCUCUGUGGACAGUUUGUCAGGGGCCGGGUUUCUGCAUCGUGGCAUGCCCCAGAGACAACAGAGGGAGAGCGACGAGGAGAACCUCAAGGAAGAGUGCAGCAGUACGGAGAGCACACAUCAGGAGGUGAGGACGCCUCCUCCAUCGCAGGACCUCCACAAUGGAGACAGGCACCAGCAUGAAGAACAGUCUGUGUCAGGCGGAGUAGGGCGGCCAGAGUUGAGUUACCUGGAGGACGAGAGGGUCAGAGUACUGGCCCGAGUGGACGAGCUCAACUCACGUAUCACAGAGCUGGAACAACAGCUACAGGAGUCCAAGCAGGAGGCGGAGAUGGAGCGGGCACUACUGCUGGGAGAAAGGCAGGCAGAGCUCGACCAGAUAGAGGCGGAGACAGAGAUUGUUGGUCAGCUGCAACUCAAGCUUAGCGAGCUGGAGAACGCUAUCCAGAGGGAGAAAGACAAGGAGAGGGCAAAUGUUGAUGCGGAGCGCCGAGCCCUGGAGAGCCUCCAGGAGGGCUACAGUGAGCUGAAGAACCAGCUUCAUAACUGCCCUGAGUCACUGCGGGAGCAGUUACAGGAACAGCUCAAAAGGGAAGGUGAGGCCCUGGAGUCAGAGACCAAGCAGUUUGAGGACCUGGAGUUUCAGCAGCUGGAAAGAGAAAGCAGCCUGGAGGAGGAAAGGGAGACCAUCAGCCAGCAGCUGCUGCAAGAGAGGGCCGAGUACCAGACCAGCCUGGCCAAGAGGAGGGAAAAGGUGUCAGCUCUGGAAGGCCAAGCCAAUCAGCUGAGGCAGCAGGCAUCUCAGGAGUAUGACUUGCUGGCUAAGGACCGGAACCUCACUGUACAGAUUCUUAAUAAGGAGAAAGAAAGACUGUCUGCCCUAGAGAGAAGAUACCUCAUCCUAACUGGAGGAAGUUUCCCCAAGAGUUGCAGCACCAUGAAAGAGGAAGUUCUCCAUAUCAGAGAAACUGACCUGUUAAAGAACUGCCACUCCCAGAAUCCUCUCAGCCGAUCAGCUGCUUCCUAUUUAAGCUCCUCCUCUGAGUUAUACCCCGGGGGCAGCCCGACAGAGGAGUACAUGAAGCUCUCAGAUGUCUAUAAGAUGUAUGGGAGUGAUGGCCAUGAUAUCCAACUCACCACCUCCACUCAGCAUGGCCUUUCGCUCAGUCUAAAUGCAGCUAUCCCCUGCGAGGAGUAUGUGACUGUGGGCCAGUUAACUCAGAUCUUUGGGAUGCCGAAGGUUGAGUCCUCCCCUACCUCUCCUAUCUGGCCCCUCCAGUCUGGAGUGGGAGACCCGACCUUUUCCUGCCUCUCCUCUCCCCACGGCUCUUCCCUCUCUCUCUCUGUCCAGUACCCGCCUGAGCGUGGUAGGCCUCAAAUCCCCACUCUUGAUUUAGAGCAGUGGUACCAAGAGGUAAUGGCUGCUGGGGAGAGCAGCCAUCUCUUCCUCCCUCCCCCUCUCCCGGCCAAAUCUCUCACUUCUCGCAGGCCUGUGCAGAUGUUCCGAUCCAAACUGGACAGUGAUGCCGGACAGACAGUACAUCGACCCAAAGCAGGUUCUGGAUCCCACCAGCAAUAUGGAGCCGCCACACUAGGACGCAACACACCUUCCAAAAGCCCACUAAUGGUUCCCAACAGUACUGGCAGUUUGCCACGGAACCUAGCUGCCACUCUACAGGACAUUGAGACCAAGAGAGCGCUGGCCUUACAGCAGAAAGAGUCCUCCUUGCCUUCCGUGUCUGAGUCUUCCUGCUCCACCAUGGACAGUCCUUCAGGCCACCAGGUGAUUGAGGAGCAGCGGCGUCGCUUGGCAGAGCUGAAGCAGCGUGCUGCGGUGGAAGCCCAGUGCCAAUGGGACGCGCUCCACGGCUCGCAUACCCACCUUAACACACAGUAUGCCCCUCCCAUGGUGCACCACUCCAUCCUGCACCACCAGCCCCCGUCGGCUGGCGAGCAGCCGUACGACACGCUUAGUCUUGAAAGCUCAGACAGCAUGGACACCAGUAUCUCCACCGGCAACAACUCAGCCUGCUCCCCCGACAACAUGUCCAGUGCCAGUGGGAUGGAUGCAAUGAAGAUCGAGGAGAUGGAGAAGAUGCUGAAAGAAGCCCAUCUGGAAAAAGCCCGGCUCAUAGAAUCCAGGGAGCGUGAGAGCCAUGCCCGUAGACAGAUGCUGGAGGAAGAGAGGAGGAGGCGAGAGGAGGCAGAAAAGAGGCUACAGGAUGAGACCGUCCACAGGCAGCAGCUGGUGGAUAAGGAGGUGAAGAUGAGGAGCAAGAACUUUUCCCAGGCUCGUCCUAUGACUCGUUACCUGCCCAUCCGUAAAAAAGAGUUUGACCUACGCUCCCACAUAGAAUCCUCCGGUCACAACGUGGAGACCUGUUACCACGUGAUUCUUACAGAGAAGAUGUGCAAGGGCUACCUGGUUAAGAUGGGCGGCAAGAUCAAGUCAUGGAAGAAGCGCUGGUUUGUCUUUGACCGCCUCAAAAGGACCUUCUCCUAUUAUGUUGACAAGCACGAGACCAAACUGAAAGGAAUUAUCUACUUCCAGGCCAUUGAAGAGGUCUACUAUGAUCACUUGCGUAGUGCCACUAAGAAAGGAUUUUUCAACCUCAAUUUGGCCAAUCCCUUUUCUGACCUCCUGCCACCUCAGUUUCGACGAGAGAGCCCUAAUCCCUCACUGACCUUCUGUGUGAAGACUCAUGACAGACUGUACUACGUGGUGGCUCCUUCUCCAGAGUCCAUGAGGAUAUGGAUGGAUGUUAUAGUAACCGGAGCUGAGGGCUACACACAGUUCAUGAACUAAUACGGAAUACAAUGGCCUAGCUGUAACACAAUAGCAUGAGGAGACUGUUUCGUCAGGGACAUACUUCAAUUGACUCAGGCCUUUCCUUCUAGGUCCUCAUCCUCCAGUAUUUGGAAUUGCCUUUUUAUUUUCUUAUUAUAUAAUUUCUGUUCAUUUAUCUCAGAAACUUUACCAUAUAUACAUUUUUCUCCACUGAUUUUUCUACUUGCUUCUGUCCAAGGAUUGAAAAAGGAGCGCUGGAGGAGACACAUCUACUGUAUAUAACCAAAAUGACCUAAUGGUCAAAGACUCUGCUCAGAAGCCUUUAUACGUUGCCAAAUGGGAUCUUGUUUAGUUAAAGACUCUUACUUCUAAGACCUAUUUUAUGUGUCAGUAGUGUCUAUGAUAAUUUUACCUUUUUCUUUCUAUUUUGGUUUUUACACACUAUAUGGAAUAUUGCCAACUGACAUUAUGCCAAUGGUUUGAGAACAAUGGUAAUUUUCCAGAAUGUUACAAUUAAAGGCGUUAGGCCAAAUCUUAUGUUUUUCAGUAAUUGAAAGUUUUAAUAAUAAAAAAAAAGUUUUAAAUAAAGGAUAUUGAAAAUGUUAAAGAAUAAACCUAAUGGAAAUUAGUGAUAACAGGACACAACCUACCAAUAUCAAAGAACACAUUAGCUCACUAAUGGUGAACUAAAUUCCACUCUCUGUUUUGUACUGUGAUGUUGCCAACUCCUUAAAAUGUGCACACACGUCCUGUAAAAUGCUGGGUAUGUGUCAGUUUACUUGGCAAAUAAAGGUGAUUCUGAACCACACCCCUCAGCAAAGUCCUGCUAACUAAUACAGACCUGACCCCUUUUUGUAAGCAGCCAUUUCAUCACUGCCAGCCUACAAGACCAGUAGAUCUAGGGACUACAGUGACACAAGGGCCAACAGUAAAGGCCAUGUAAUAUUAAUAAUGCAAAUCAUUCUGUGCCUUGAUCUUGUCAUCUUACUCCUGGGCCAGUAUUCUAUUAGAUCAUAUUUAGAUCUGUGUAAUAGCACGGUUGACAUUUAAAAGGUAAUCAGUGACAUUUGCAGUUCAAAGUUAAUGGGGUCUGCACAAACACAGAAACAUUGCUUUUUAAAUGUGAAAUUAAAUGUGAUCAGAUUGAAUCCCAGCCCUAGUCUAUAACUGUUAAUUGAGCAGAAUCUUCCUGUUCUUUGUAUUUACACAUUUUGUUGUUGAAUCCUGAUACUGUUAACAGACUUGCAUGGGGAAGUCAGACUAAUGUUUUGAUACAGAAAUAUGAGUGCAUGUGAACAGGAACAUCCCCUGAAUCCCCUAUCCAGUUCCAGUCCCAAUCCAGUUCCAGUCAACUACAUCCUAAACUGUGUUGUUCUGAGAUGAUGGAAUUGGUGGAAUCAGGCCCCUUUGAUAUGGCAGAUGGAAUUGUUGAGCAGUACCCUUACAUUGAUUCUUUCUCCACAAUUGAACGGGGGAUAGGGGCUUGGUUUUGGAUUCAGGGUACAUAUCAGCUUUAACAGAACGUCAAAUGAUCUGGUUAUGACUGUUAUUGUGAUGGAUUUGGACAGGCUACAUGAUGACAACAACAUUUAUAAUCAUUAUCUUUUCAGACACAACUAUGCUGUGAUUUUGAACAUGUAGACAUGAGUGUUUAGGUUCGUGAUGCCUUGUGAAAUGGAGUUGUAUCUUUUUCUAUGGUAAACCUGCCUGAGGUACAGUAGUAAUGUAAACCAUGAUGUCACUGUCGUAAAAGACUAGUAAGAAGACCUUAAUAUAUUUUACCUCUUCAAUUUAUUUGUCCCCUACCACAAAAUGGAUGCAACCAAAUGUUAGGAAUUGGCUUGAGCUACAGUAUAUCAUAUCACUAUUAGAUUAUAUUGGUGUUAGGGAAGAAUGUGUAUUACUCAAAAUGAAAAAAGGAUGCCUGUAUGAAAGUGUAAUUUCCUCUUAAUUGAAACACGACAGUAUUAAAGCUAUUUUCACUUA